AUGGUUCGUCCGGACCCCAGCGAACCUGGGGCAGACAAUUGGUACAUGGUCGAUGACCCGCGCCAACGGAAGCGCAUCCAAGAUCGUUUAGCACAACGAGCAAGACGAAAGCGACUCGCCGACUCCAAAAGACACACCCCGGCUCCAGAUAUGGUGGUAACGAGACACAUUAAUACAGAACCCUUGACACCCACAAGCGCCAAUCAGUCGACCUUCGUUGCUACUGACGACGAUGACGAUGCUACCUACAUCCCAAUCCCCUGUUCGCCAGACAUGUCUGAAUUUCCUACCCCGGUGUUCAUCCCAGACGACUCAUCAAGUAACGGGGGCUUUUCAUCGGUAAUGCCCAUGACCGUCUGGGCAGCUCUGUAUAUCAACGGUUCGAUAAUGGGAAUCACUUGCUCUAUGUGCUUCCCUUCAAAAUCAAAACCGGUAGCGUCCAAUGUUCCCGAUAUCUUGCAUCCUACCGCGCUACAGCUUUACAGCAUACAUCCUCCCUGGAUUGAUCGAUUUCCGUUUCCUCGAAUGCGAGACAAUUUGAUCACUCUAAUUGGAUUACUCGAAGAGGAGGAAUUCCUGCAGGAUUUAUUUUGCAUGUCGAGUUUUAAAAUCAAGUCCGGUGGGGCAUCCUGGGAUCCCAAUGCUUGGACUAUCAGCAAAAGCUUUUGUGCAAAAUGGGGCUUUCUAUUUACGGGUAACUACCCGUGA